AUGGCUGACGCUGCUCGAGGACGCGGUGGCUUUGGCUCGCGUGGAGGAGACCGUGGCCGUGGCCGUGGUGGACGUCGCGGACGUCGUGGUGCUAAGAGCGAGGAGAAGGAAUGGCAGCCCGUCACCAAGCUCGGUCGUCUCGUUAAGGCCGGCAAGAUCAACAGCAUCGAACAGAUCUACCUCCACAGUUUGCCCAUCAAGGAAUACCAGAUCGUUGAUUUCUUCCUUCCAAAGCUCAAGGACGAGGUCAUGAAGAUCAAGCCUGUCCAGAAGCAGACUCGUGCCGGUCAGCGAACCCGUUUCAAGGCCAUUGUUGUCAUUGGAGACUCCGAGGGCCACGUCGGUCUCGGAAUCAAGACUUCCAAGGAAGUCGCUACUGCUAUCCGUGCCGCCAUCAUAAUCGCCAAGCUCAGCGUUCUCCCAGUCCGUCGGGGUUACUGGGGUUCAAACCUUGGUGAACCUCACUCUCUCCCAACCAAGACCAGCGGAAAGUGCGGUUCCGUUUCCGUCAGAUUGAUUCCUGCUCCACGUGGUACUGGUCUCGUUGCCUCCCCAGCUGUUAAGCGAUUCCUCCAGUUGGCCGGUGUCGGUGAUAUUUACACAUCCUCCUCCGGCUCCACCAAGACCCUUGAGAACACUCUCAAGGCCACCUUCGUUGCUGUCGGUAACUCAUACGGUUACUUGACUCCUAACCUGUGGAAGGAGACCAAGCUCAACCGAAGCCCUCUCGAGGAGUUUGGUGAUGUUCUACGGGAAGGAAAGAGAUACUAA